CUCUCACUUAACGGCUGCCUGCACGCCGAGCUUGCGUGAGUGUGUGCCUCUCUUCGUGAUCAUCCAGACUUUCUCUCUCAUUCCAUCCAUGCCUUCGGACCAGAUUGGAUCGAUUCGUCCAGAAAGUCGUCUCACUUUCUCCACCAGACCACCACCACCAACUGCUGGCUGGACCACCACCACCACCACCACCACGAACCAGUCUGCUUUCUCUCUCUCUCCCAGUGUGUACUUUCUCUUCACUUCUUCUUUGCCAGUUGGGAUUCAGGAUUGGGUGACCCCAUUCUUCCUCCGUGAGUGCUUGGCCCACUUUCUCUCUCUCUCUAAAAUCACAACCUUACACGCACACACCCCGUGCCACCCGCUUUUUCAGCACCUACGUACAUUCUCCCACCUCCUGAUUCGUUACACCCACCACUAAUCUUCCUCCCUUCCUUGCUCACAAUUAUUUUUAAGCUCAGAUGGUGAAAAUCUUCACCAUUUUCUAACUAGUAGAAAUAAUAAUCGAUUUCAACAUUUUUCUAUAAAAAUAUUACGCUCCAUCCAUGUCGUCAUUUGUGGCGAUAAGACUCGGAGGCGUCGUGGUCGUGUCGAACUAGUUGUUUAGUGCUCAUAAAUACAUACUUACUCAUGUAUAAUGUCGUACUACUACCCGAGCAACCCGACCUUGACGACGCACCACCCCCACUACCACCACCACCAUCACGACUACGACCACCAGUACGAUAACAAUGACGUGGCCACACCCAUCCACCCCCCGCAUUCGACCUUCUCCUGGGAGGAAUUACCCCACAAAAUCGUGUCCGUGUUCAGGCAGGCGAUCGCCACCAAUCUGACGACCUCGUCCCACCCGCACCAUCAGCACCACCAGCAUCACGAUAAUAAUCAACAAACUGUUUUCUGGGAUUUGGACCUGAACCGGAUAUCGCGACGGGUUAAUCACGAGUUCUUCCCGCAUGCCGUCGGACCUCCGCCGUUCGCCUCGAUCCACAUCGUCCACUUCAUCCUCUUAUUAGGCCUGCUGGUCGGUCUGGUCUACCUGCUCCUCGCCCUCGUGUACCACACGAUGCAGAAGAUCCGCGCCUUCUGCCCCGCGCUGCCCUCGUUCAAGCGGAAGAGCAAACGCGACCGCGGCCGCUCUGAUGUUGAAAGUGGACCGCCGAAAGAACUUCCCACACCGGAAGUGCUCGAAGCACGGCGACAAGAACGGCUCUCCUUCCUCCAGAAGGAGUGUGAUCAUUUGGAAACGCAGCUCACAGACGCGCUCUCUUCUUUACGAAUUUUAGCCGAGAAACAGACUUCGCUUACGUCACGGGCAUCAGAUUCGGAUUUAGAAUAUCUCGGGUAUGCAGAUGAGGAUUCGCCACCCCUUAAACGCAACUCCAUCUCGCUCCAAGACAUUCCCCAGUCCGUAGUCAAAAUCAGGCGAGAAAAGCAGCUCCGCCAACUAAAAGAGGAGAUUGAACAUUUACACGCUCUCAGUCAGAGUCAAGACUUGGAUAAAGAUCCGGGACCUCUCUCGUCGCGCAGCCCGCUCUUGAAAGAUCUCCAUUUCAACUAUCCAAUUCCACGGAGUAAGUCGAGCUCCCCUUCACCGGUGGAUUCUGGUCACAUCAUCACGACAGAACAUCUCUCCCAGCGGAUCUCUCAUCUCAAGGCGCAACGACGCCUCCAAGCACUCCGCACCGAUUUGGAAGGCCUCGCCUUGCAUCUCGUCCACUCGGAUGACAUCAGAGCCAAAACCUCCUCUCUUCAAGACCUCCCUCGCACGGCGUUAGGCGCCAAACGACACAAGGAGUUGCUCACUAUCGCCAAAGAGAUUGAACACGUCAAGUCGUACAAGUUGCAGCAGAAGACGAUCCUCUCUGCGGUCCUACCUCCCCCAAAGCCGAAUAAGGCCGAAAUCACGGCGCAAGUCCUGGCCAAACUGAAUCAAGACCAGGCCACGACCGUCUCCUCGUAUCGAAGUCCGACCCUGGCCAAGAAGGAAAUCGCGGCUACGACGCCAUCCUCCAUCACGUCGGGCGGCCCACUCCAGCGGCAAACCAGCACCGCCGAGUCGGUCAACUCGGUGGCGACGAAUCCAAAUUCUAAUAGUGGCGACACGGCGUCGAUCACCACGUCAGCGUCGCUGAGACGAACACGUGCCCAGGAGUUGAAUCGGGUCAGAGUGGAACUCAAAGAGCUCUCGUAUAAGCUGAAUCUCAAUUAUGUGUUUGAUGUUGAGGGCGACAGAGAGAAAAUCUUCCCAGCCGACUGGCCCAAACAGUGCUCAUUCUCGAAGGAUUCAUUCAAGUAAAUGCGGACUGGAAAUUCUGAUCGCAAAUAAUUAGUAAAUGCCUCCCCUGUUAAUUAAUUAAUUAUUUGCCUGCACUACGAACCCUGCUCAAGUUGAGGUACUGAUUGAUUAAUAGUGCUACUUCAUAAUUCUACUCCAAAAUAGAGCUCAGAAAAUUUUUCUUUUCUGAGAAAACGUAUACCCUUUUAGAACAGAAAUUUACAAUCGCAAAAACCGACCGUGUCCUAUUUACGUAGAUAGAAUUUCAUAGUUGGACGAUGUCACGCUAUGUACAAACCACUGCCAAUAUUUAGAAUAAGUAGAUAACUUCGUCCCCAAAAAUUGCAAAUUUUCCCAUCGCCAAUUAACUUACUCAAAGUUUUUGCAUGUAUAUAUGUAUAUACAAGUAAAAAUUUCUGUGAAAUCCACCUGCCAAAAAUUGGCACAUUUUUCUGCAGAACGUAUCUGUGAUCUGAAGUUGGUAGUUUCUGCUGGAAAAUUGUGUCUGCAGGACAAAAAUGAUGCACAUUUUACGUGAAAUAAAAAUUUGUACAGACAAAUUUAUGCAAAAUUCUGCAGAAAAAUUGGCGAAUUUUCGGCAGAUACACAGAUUUUCAUACGGGUUAUACACCACUACUUAAAUAAUCGAAAUUCCAAAAGUAAUAGAAUCGUCUGACGAAACCCUUACUGGACUUGAAAAUGAUGAGUGUAUCGUAUCAUGUGUACCUCAUUUACCUUAUUAUGUAAAUACAUAUAACCACUACUGGAAAGUGGGUAUAUAGAGAUUAUUAUUCAGAAUAGAGAGAUGAUUUUCUCGCUGUUACAUACCUUCCUAGCGUAUUUUCUAGUGUUCAUCAGUCCUAAAAGAAAAAUCGACGUGGCAAAAAUUGGUGAUUUUUUUCUGCAAAGAGACGCGCAAAAUUCUCAUUUGCAUACACUUUUAAAAUGUGCAAAAUUAAUUCUGUCGAAAUACAUAUUAAUUCUGCACGUCCCUACCGCAGAAAAAUGUGUGCAUUAUCGACACGUCGAUUUUCCUCCUGGUAUAAUUACUUAAUUGUGAUAAAAUAUUAACCUUACAAUUAACUGUUCAAUUUUCCAUUUAAUUUAACUAAAAAUGCAACGAUUAGAGUAGGAUCAUAAAAAUUCUAAGUCUCCUAAACGGUAAUAACAUAAUAAUAAUCCUGGAAAACGAAGGUUGUGAGUUUCUCUGUUGAAACGCUGGAAUCUAAUUCUAUAAUCCAUAUGCCUACUUAAUUCAUAACUAACUAAAUAAUUACUACUAAAAUUAACUGUUACAAUUAAUCCCAACAAGUAAAUAUAAAAGUGUUACAACGACCCCACCCAAAACAAAUAAAUAAAUAAGCCCAUCAGCAAACAAACAAAUA